UUCCGAGGUCAUCCCAGCCGGACGCGACCUCAGGGUGCAGGCCCGGCGCGCCAGCCGCGGCCGACGACCAGCCGGCGCCCGAACCUCGGGGCAUGACUCCCCUCUGCCCUCGCCCCGCGCUCGGCUCUCUCUCCUCCACGUCCUGGCUCCGCUCCGUGUUUAAGGACGCGCGCGGCGCCGCGCCCAGAGGAGAAGCCGCGGGGCCGCUCUUCCGACCGCUGUCCAGCACCCGCAGGCCGAGCCGGGGCGGCUGCCGCGCCACGACACCUGCCAUCUCCCCCAGCAAGCGGGCCCGGCCUGCGGAGGACGGCAUGCGGCUGCGCUUCGUCCGGCUCUCAGAGCACGCCACCGCCCCGACCAAGGGGUCCCCGCGGGCCGCGGGCUACGACCUGUACAGUGCCUAUGAUUAUAUACUACCACCCAUGGAGAAAGCCAUUGUGAAAACAGACAUUCAAGUAGCUCUUCCUUCUGGGUGCUAUGGAAGAGUAGCUCCCCGUUCUGGCUUGGCUGCAAAACACUUCAUUGACGUAGGAGCUGGCGUCAUAGAUGAAGAUUAUAGAGGAAAUGUGGGUGUUGUGCUAUUUAAUUUUGGCAAAGAAAAGUUUGAAGUCAAAAAGGGCGAUCGGAUUGCACAGCUCAUUUGUGAACGGAUUUUUUAUCCAGAAAUAGAGGAAGUUCAGGUUUUAGAUGACACUGAAAGGGGUUCAGGAGGUUUUGGUUCUACUGGGAAGAAUUAACAUUAUGCCAAGAAUAGAAAAUGAGAAAACAUACUUUUUUCUUAAAAAUAGUUUUUGCUUAAAGUGUUUGGAUGUUUUGCACAUCUGUAAAUUUAAUAGCUUUAGCUUCUAAAACUGUUUGGUUUUCUUAAGAUUAAGGAAAAGAUACCUCUGUUGGGGUCUCAUAAAACCUUACUUGCUUAUGUUUUACGCAUUUGAUUAUUGUAUAAAUAAAUAUAUGUGAUGACCUAAUACAAACCUUUUGUUUUUUUUUUAUCAAAUGUAUAUCAAUUACAGAUCCAAACCUUGUAUUGUUUAAUUCACUAAAUGCUACCUCUUAAACUUAUUUCGUUGCUUUGUAAAUCAUAAGCAGUGCCUUUCAUUCAAUAAAUUUUUCUUUCACAGAUAUAAAUUAUUGUAUGAAGUGAACUAAAAAGAUAAUAAAAAAGUUGAAGUUA